AUGUCUAUAAACGACGCUGAAGUUAAAAAACAAGUGAGUAUUUGUAGUAUUUUUUCUACUUUUUAUUCGUUUGUUAUCAGCGUUAGUUUAGCUUUACAUGUGUUAAAUCCACCGGCAAGAGUUCACACUGAGGGUCGACGCCGUUUCUGUUGCAGAUCGAACAUAUGAUGGCAUUUAUCGAACAGGAAGCCAAGGAAAAAGUAGAUGAGAUCGAUGCUAAGGUAUUUCACAAAAAAGAUUUAGUGCAGUUUUCAGUUUAAUGAUUGUAAUCGAACAAUUUCCACUCCGUUUAAAGCAGCGUUUAUAAUUAUUAGUGACGUCACUGGUCAACUGGCUGUCACCUGAUCUCAUUAGACGUCUAAUAAACCCUUUGAACCCCGGUAUCAAAAUUUAAAUUCUCAUUUGUUGUCCUUAUACACUUCCAUAGAAGUAGUGGAAGAGAUUGUUCAAGUAUCAAUUAAAUUCAGCAUGUGUGAUCAAUUCCUUUUUAAUAAUGCACCUAUUAUUGCCACUCCCCUAGGGGGACCCCAGGUUGUUUGGUUAUUUUUUCUUUGCGAAACAUGGAAAUGUUUGGCCAUUUUCUACUACCCUACAGGACGCUGUACAGUGUAGCUAAACAAUGAAACCUUGUCUCCUGGGCUUCUCGCCCUUUUUCCCUUUUUCUGGCGGUUACCCUGUAUUAUUGACAUCAUUUUCCGGAUAUCGCAAUGUCUUCCAAAUUUUAUCAGCGCUAGCUGUUUAUGAAGAAUUAGCCAUGGGAUUUGAACCAUGCAGAAACUGAGAAGUUUUUUAAAUGAUUCAUAAUUAUUACUAUUUAUUUUUCAAAGAUUUGCUACAUAGAGCCUCUGUAUGGGCAUUUUUAUUGAAGCCCAUUCAGGCUCAAGAAAUAAUUGUUAAAUAUCCAUAAGUUAAAGAAAUUGUCAAUGGGUACAGUACUUGGACUAAGUUAUUAGCUGACAUUAAUAUAAAAAAAAGCCAUCUGAUCAAAAGAAGGAGUUGUAAGAGCGCCUAUGACCGACAUGUAGUGAAAAUAAAAAAUUGGAGUCAUAAGCAGAGUCAUAAGUAGAACUUUUCCAUUUCUUCUGACUCUGCUUACAACAGUAUCGCUUACAUUCUGCUUAUGAUCUAAUAAAAACCCAAUCUUCCGAGUCACAGUAGCAGAAGCGGAAGGAUAAACCAAUCCCAAUGUACAUUUCCAUGCUUUGUGAUUGGUUUAGUUCUUCCGCCUCUGCUGGCGAUAUCUUACAACCAAGACUUGGUUGUCUUCACCCGGCUGUAAACGACGGAGUUGUAAGCGGAAUCAGAGCAUUGUUUUCACUAGAUCGCAAAGUUCUACACUUCCCAUUAUGACUCCUACUUUGACUCCAUCGCUAGUGAAAACCAGCCUUAAGAAUGUUUUAAAGUUGGUUUUCCAUAAUACUUCAUGUUAGUGUAAGCUCAUCCUUGUUCCCAAGGAUCAUGAGAAUGGGGAGAAGAAAGAUCUUAAUGCUGAAUAAAGGAUUUUUACGUAUUUUCAGGCUGAAGAGGAGUUCAACAUUGAGAAAGGACGGCUUGUGCAACAAGAGCGACUCAAAAUUAUGAAUUUUUUUGAGAAGAAAGAAAAGCAAGUAGAGCUACAAAAGAAAAUGUAAGUGCAUUGAACUGCUAAGGGGUUAAGGGGACAGACUACACUUACCUGAUUUUAAAUGUUGCUAACCUUACCUUACCUUACCUAUUUGCACUCCAUUACGCAGAGGGCAUCAAAACUAAAAAACUAAUAUCAUUCUCUCUUAUAUUAUUUCUAAGAACAAAGACAUUUGUCACUCCUUUAAGGUCCUAAGUGCAGUUUAUGUGCAUGUUGUAGUUAAUUUUUUAUCUCAUGUUUAUUUUUGUUUUUCUUUUGUUUUGGGGUAUGGUUAUGUAUGCUAAUAAAGUUGAAAAAAAAACAAGAAAAAUAAUAAUUACCUGAGAUAAAAAUUAACUACAACAUAUACACUGUAGUGUAAAUUGUGCAUAAAAUGUUUUUAGUGUUCCUUUUUCAUUGUCUGGGGAAAAGAUGUAAUUUAGAGCAAAAAAUGGUGUGAUUUGGGAGUAAAUCACACUGCUGAGAGCCAAUCAGAUUGCACGGAUCACCAGUGAUUUCAAAGUGAAUGUAAUAAAGUUCAUAAUUUUCUUGUUAUGUCCAUACACUCAUGUAAUUACUGUAGUCUUAAUUAGAAAGAUAUGGCAGUUGGUGUUUGUCCUUGUUUUUGUUGUGAACAUAUUGAUUUUCUACUUGACAGAAAUUGAAGCUAAAGCAUUUGCAACAUGUAGCUAUUAUUUUUCAGGGUGCACUACUUUUUGAACCAUGAUCACUGUUAAAACUCAACCUGCCAGCUGGUUCUCUGAAAAAAAAUGGUCAUUCACUAGAGUACUUGAGUAAGUUUUCCAUUUGCACAUCUCCUAAAGUACAUCUUUUUUGUCAAGAAUUUCUCCUGGGUAUUACAGUUUUCCCAUUGAAGAGAAAAAUGAAGAGAAAGCCUAUGUAAAAUUUUUGGGGGAAACAAGAUGUACUAUCAGAGAUGUGCAGAUGAUGAUAGGUACAUAUGCAGGUGUAUGUGUGAUAUUAAUGAAUUAUGAAUUAAUUUGUAGCCAAAGGUCAAAUCAACUGAAUCAGUCUAGACUGAAGACCCUCAAAGCCAUGGAUGACCAUAUUAAGGUACCUUAAAAAACUGAAUAAUUUCUGCUUUACAGCCUAAAAGUAUUCUAAAUAAUUUGCAUGACAAACUAGAUGAAUAAAAUAGACCUUUACUAUGAGUCAAAUUUGGAAACUUUUUGUGGCCUUGCUUUUUUGAGAGUUUUUAAUGAGUCAUAACAAGAACAUUAUUAGCCCUGAAUGAUCUUGAAAGUUCUUAUUACUUCUAUUGGAGUAUGUGCCCUUGCCAUGUACUUUCUUGUCAGAUACACAGUGUUUUUGUUACCUCUGUGUCCUGCGUCCCUGAAAGAUGCAAAAUAAUUCAUGACAUGCAUCCUGUAAGGCGCAAAAGUCGAUCGAUCUGAACAUGUGUUGUUUUACUAUCCUCUUUGUGUGAUUUCUGUGGCUUUUAUUGUGGCUGUUGUUGAACAAUGCAUAUUUAUUUCAGUCUUUUUUGUACUUUAAAUAGAAGGACUAUUAUUUUAGUUUCAGUAAAAUGCAAUAAAGAGUUUUGGAGUCUGUCUUCAGAUUAACUGCCUGGUUACAUGAUUUGAUUACAUGAUUUUUUAAAAGAUGAGUCCCAGGACUUACCAUUUGAUAACUAUUUGUAACAAAAUCAUUGGAUACAUGUAUACUAGUGUUUACAUCACUAGCAGACAUAUACAUGUAUCAUGGGAAAUUUCAAAGAGGAGUUUUUGAAAAAGUACUUGUUCCUCUUGAAUUGUUCAAAAGGACAGUAAUUAUUGCACGAUGAUGUCAUUUUACCACAACUACCAGAAUCCUUCAGUGUUUUGUUUCUUUGUGGAAAGUAGGUCUAUUGUACUUUUUAAGCCUCAGCAGAACUGAGAAAUUUUAAUAAGAUAGCAAAGAUCAAAUGAAUUCUGGUUGCUGUAGUCUAAUGUUGUCAUCAUGAAAGUGACCUAUUGUGUUGGAAUCUAUAUGAUAACUUUAGGGUUACUGCUAGCCACCAUUGUUUCUCUUUCAUGGAAAUCAAGGGUCACUUCUAUUAAUAAAAACUGAAUCAUUGGAUAAUGCAAUUCUAGAGCUCUGAUUGGCUUAUAUAUAUUAGCCGUCAUGGUAAAUGAGCCAUUAUACCAUGCUCUCCAAAUGUGGUAACUGUACGUGUCUGCUCAAAACUAAAAACAAGCUGAAAAUCGGUUGUUUUUACAAAUAAAGUCAGGAAGAAUUCUCGAUAUUUUGUGGACCUUUUUAAUAAAACAUAAUUAUUCCACUCGCGCUUGUUGGACAUGAGAUGAUUAUAGCCAACUUAUAUCCAAUGCGCACUCGUGGAAUAAUUGUUAAUUAGUCUUAUUAUUAUUCUUUUUGUUGGCAGGGUAUACUAGAUGAAGCCGUCCAACAGCUCGGUAGGGUAACACAGGACAACUCUCGUUAUGAGCAAGUUCUAAAGGGACUUAUUACACAGGUUAGAAAGGUUUAUUCAUACCACUAGGUACAUGUAGCUUAAAUAGAAUCAUGUUUCUCAUGCAAGACCUUUUUGCUUUGUGGUAAACAGAUUUGGUUGCUUUUUGUGUUUCCCUACUAGCAGAGAUCAGUAGAAAAUCACCUUUGUAUUUGUAUUUGUAUUUUAUUUUUACUCCAUCCUAUAGAUAAUACAUUAGUUGUACAAUAUCAAUUAGUACAAGGUUGAUUAAACUACGUGUACAUAAUAAAAAAAAUUAUUAUUAAAUCACCUUUCUGACCACUGCAUUAAAACCUUACCCACUGUUAAACUCAUGCAUUUCAGUACAAUCCACCCACAUUUACAAUCAUUCUCUUUGAAAACUCCACACAACACUUCCAGCUAGUCACAGUAGGUGACAUGUCAAUCAAGGUUUAAGUCUCCAAUGUACAUUCCUUAAUUCAAAUAUCCUACAUUCCAGUGUAACGGAAUAUAACCGUAGUAAGGUUCUGCAUGUAAUUUGCAGUGCGUUAUGCUAAUUGCUGGAUUCCCACAAAGUUUCCCACAGCGAAAGAAAAAAUGAAGGAAGAAGAGAGACUUUCUGUCGCCACCGACCAGAUUUUUUUUUUAAAAAUGACCUGAUUUUCAAAACUGGUUUCAUUUUAUGUGUAAUGCAUAUGCCCUUUUGAGAAUGUACACUGGACAAUUCUGAACCCACAGUUGUUAUGGCCUCCAUGAGUUCCACAAGUUUAAAAAGUUGCACAGUUCAAUCUGGAGACAAAAUCAUCCAUUUUUAAGCUUAUCAAGAAAAAAUGGAAAUGGCAUCUGAGCAAAGGAAAGUCGUUCUUCAUUUCCUAAAAGGAUGUGAUCUAUUUGUAUGUCUUACGACAGGCUGCAGGAAAUCUUUAAUUUACCAAAUAGCUGUAGUAGUAGCUGAAGAGUUGUCUUCUUUCAGAUGUGGCAUAUGUGACCAAAACUUCACUGGUUUUUGUCAAUUAUGGAAACACCACAUGCUUGAUAGGAAACCCAUCAGUUCCCCUCCUUCUCUAAUUUUCAGUUCUCUUGCAAUGAGAGACCUCUAUGAGCAAAUGCUUGUGCAUGUAUGAAUGACUUUAUCUGUGAGGACAACAGAUGCUGAAACUCCAACUGGUCUUAAAUGAAGGGACUAAUUUCCUCAUCUGUAGGCCAGUCUAAGCUGUCUUUCCUUGACAGGGUCUGUUUCAGCUACUGGAGGCAUCAGUCACUAUAAGAUGCCGUCAGCAAGAUCUUAAUGUUGUGAAGGUAGGCAUUUCUUUUGGCUUUUACCUUAGCAAGGUAAUAUUUACUUUGGUCAUCACUUGAGCAUCUCAACUACUCAGAAACACCGUCCAUGUGCAUCACACUGCAAAGGAAACUAAUAGUCAACAGCAAUAAUAUGACUGUGUUAUUGAUACAGGUGCAUUGAGCUAUGACUAACUUUUUGUCAUAACUUUUUUUUUUGUUUUAACGCAAUGGCUACAAAACUUUGAAAAGAACAACAGAUAUCAUUUGCCAAUAACUUGAAAUAAGCGGUUUUUAUUAUUUUUUUACAAAAUUAGUCGUUUUAUCUUUACUGGUGCUGGUAAGUUUUAUUCUUCCUCUUCUUCUUCAUCUUCACUGUCAGUCUUAAAUUCAUUUUUGACAACCUCCUCUGCAUCUUUAUUUUUGUCCGGGAUUUAGCUACUUUCAGUAUUAUCAGGGUCUCCGCAAGGUGUGAGUUGAUGAUAAAUAAUGCAGAUGGGCUAAAUUUGAAGAUGACUGAAACAGACUGCAGAUUUUUGCAGGGUUUUGAAAACUGUUCAUCCUACAUGUAAUUGUUUUUCAAAGUCUAUCUUUGGCAAAUUGUAAUGCUUGGUACAGGUAGGGAGCAUAUCUGAUUGUUGCAAAGCUGUGAUUUUGGCAAUGAUAUACAUUGGUUAUUAGCAUGCCUGGUAAUCAGAAAUACCAAACAAAAUUGACUAAUUAAUCAUUGUGAUUCAGGCUGUUAAGAGUGUGAAGAAAAUAACAAUGUAAAAUAUCAAAAAAUGUCAUUGUUUGUGUAGAAAGCAAAAGAAGUUGCAGUAGAAGAAUACAAGAAAGCCACAAAGAAAACCACAGAAGUUACAGUUGAUGAGCAGUCUUUCUUGCCAUCUGAUUGGUAAGGAUUCCUUGCUUUUGAUUGGUUAGAGUGCCUUGUAUGUACUGGAUCAAAUGUACAGCAGAUUUGCUCUAAUAUGUAAGAACCAAACCUUGUCCCCAGGGUCUUCUCUUACUUAGCAAAGAGGGAACCUGGGAACAAGAUUGGUAAGACCCAGAUGAAGAAAAGUGAUUUUUGCAUUUCACUUUAAGUGUUAAAUGUCUUUGAAAAUGGUAAUGUUAAGAUAUUUUGUUAAAAUAUUAAUAUAAUAUAAACUGUUUAAAACAGGGAAUAAAAUUUAGGUGCAGCCAAAGGGGCUUGGACCAAGCAGAGUCUCUGAGUAAAGUAAUGCUGUACCUUUACGUGUAGGUUAAAAAUGCCAUCUUUCAUGGAAGAAAAACAUGUAAUUUUGUCAUCCAAGAAAGUUGGAUGAGCAUUUGAAAAGUUUGGUGCCCUGUGGCACCCUCAAAGUUGUACAAAGUACUCGUGCAUUACUCAGAGCCAGCUGCCGGCUGUUUUCACCGGCUGAAAAAAGGGCUUACCCCUGGCUUAGAUUACUCUGUUAAACAAAAUCAAGUAUUAAUUUUGAAGGGGCAAUUGACUAAAAAAGCCGGUUAGACUGAUAGCUUGUUCUCGAGUUUAUAUUUGUUAUACAUGCAGUUAAAUUUUGGAAGGCAUGUUGUCGGUCAAUAGGCUAAAAGCUUGGCCAGAUUCAUAUCGGCAGUUCGGGAGCAUUUCUUUUGUUUUGUUUUGGAAAACAAAGCGAAAACAAUGAAACAUUAAACAGUGAAUAACAAAGCGAAAGCUAGUUUCUAAAACGCGCGUUCAAACUGGUUAACGAUUUUACGUUAACGCAAAAAACGUGCCUGUGUUUUACGUCUGCGUUGGUCGCUUAUCUCUGAGCUGUACUGUACAUCUAAGGGUUAGAGUUCCGUAGGGGUCCUAGGGUGAAUCGCUGGGACGAAAAGAACAGUGGUACAAACCUGAGGUUGGGAAGGCUCUUUCCGCCUCCCUUACCUGUCAAGAAAUGUGGCCUUAAAAGGGCGAUUAACCACCAAUACUAAUCUAUCCCUCGUUGGUCUCAAUAAAAAUGGCAAUGACUGAUGAAGGAAAAGCAGCUUUUAAUAGUUUUUUAUGGGGCAGGGGGGGGAGGAAUGUCGCAUCUCAAUGAUUGAAGUCUUAAUGAAUGGCCGGUAUGAUAGACGCUGGUGGGGUGUGCCUUACUAGCAGGUCUAGUCUUCUUUGCUCAUUUGUGACAAGUUGGAUGUGUUUUCAUAUCAGCACUAACCAGUAAGAGUCUAAUACGAGAGGAUUGUGUUGUGAUAGUAUGGACCAAUAAAAAUUCAACCAUACAGAUGUGUCGCAAGUGGAAUGUGUUGUCAUAGCAGCAUUAGUCAAAGUCUAUAUCACACACGUGUCACACUUUUAUAAGUUUAUGGCGCACAUUUGUUUCCAAGUAAUGAUUAUUUUCCAUGCAUUUUUUAAAGCUGUUUUUGGCUGUUUUAUGGCUUGUGGUGAGUGAUCUUUGUCUGUCUCCAUUCUAUUUAGUGCCGGGGGCGUUGAAUUGCUUGCCAAACAAGGCCGGAUUAAAGUGGUGAACACGUUGGAGAGCCGAUUGGAAAUGAUGAGUAGACAGGUAUGUGGGUUAUGAUUGAAUUUUCUAAAGACGUUUUGCUGUCAGGAGAUGUUGUUUUUCAACUAUUCUUUGCAUGAGUAUGCCUUUUUAUGUACAUAUAUGUGGUAGUUAAUGUUUAUCUCAGGUAAUUUUUGCUUUCUUUUGUUUUGGGGUAUGGUAAUGUAUACUAAUAAACGAAGUUAAAACAAAGGAAAAAUAUAAAUUACCUGAGAUAAAAAAAUUGACUACAACAUAUAUGAAUAGGUGUGUUUGUUUUUGGGUUGGGAAAACUUAAGAAAUCAGUGAAAAAUAAUAAUACCUUGUCACGGACCUCAACAGUAAAAUUUUAUCCCAUCUCAAGCAUCAUCAUCAAGCAUCAUGUGAUUAAAAAGCAAAAAAGAAUAAUGUAGACUCUGUUUUCAUUGCAUUUGCAGAUGAUGCCCGAAAUAAGAGAAACAUUAUUUGGAGUUAAUACACGAAGAGUGUUCACAGACUGAUGUAACUGUAACAUGUCCCGCAGUUUUCCUUCUUCUGCUCUUUCUUAAAUUUAUGUCUGCUUUCUCCUAUCAAUAAAGUAUAUUGCUUUUUGGUCCAGGGGGGCUUGGAGGGGAGAUGGUCGGAAAGGAUUUAAACACAGUCCUUUUUUUAUGUUACUAGCAGAAUGAUUUCCAGAGUACAGAGAUUUGAUCACAAACACCCUUGGUCCGAAGCCAUUUACUCC